AUGGAAGAACCAACGAUUCAUCAGCAAUUAGAAAGUGCUGAAAAAUUGAAAAAGUUCAAAUACUAUUUCAAUGAAAAAGGACAGCUGAGGCAUACUGAAACAAACGAGCCGUUUGUCUUUAAACAGCAUAGUAAUGCAACCAACUGGAACCACCAAUGGUACAAAGCCUUUGGAACAACUUUGGCCGAGUAUGUCUACGAACUCUUGGAGAAAGAAUGUCGGCUGAAACGAGUCUAUAUUCCCGUUAAUGUCGGUAGAAGUUUCUGCUUCAUAAGUGAAAGGGCUUUGAGCAAUCCUUCCAAAUUGAUUGUUCUGAUGCAAGACCGUGGAGUGAUCAGGGCUGGGAGCUGGUCCCAGCAAUUGAUUCUACACGAUUGCCUGGACACCGGCACUCAAAUCCCUUUUAUCAAGAAAGCUUUGAGUGAGCGGUAUGAAGUAAUCGUGUUAAAUUCUAAUGACUUCAUAGCUGUUAACCAAGACGAUGACGCUGAAAAGAAAAAGCAACCUGAUUCCGAUGAAAGCGGAUUAAAGCUUGAACAGAUAGUAAUGGGGGGUGUUGAAAGUGCAGAAGCGUACACCAUCUACAUUUGGGACCAGUUUAUAUCAAAGUGUCCGGAUAACAGUGUAGCUUUUAUAGCGCAUGGCUAUGGCGGGUUGAUAUUUGUUAAUCUCCUAAAUGAACGUCGAGAUGUCAUGAGUAAAGUAUAUGCUGUGGCCUUCAUAAAUUCCGUUCAUGAUGCAGAUCACCAAAACGUCGGGCAAAUUGGUCGCGAUUGGAUUGAAAAGCACUGCCGUAAUUGGUUACUGAGUGCCAAACCUCUGGACAAGCCUGUCCCCUCCCUGAGGAUGGGCUGCGCGCAGGUUUCCGCCGGCACUGAAAAACCUCACUUGGCACCGAUGACCUGCUUUCACUCCAUUUUCAAGCACUUGAAGAAAGUUUCAAAUAUGCAGAAAACGAAUCGCAUCAUUCGAUCGCCAAUUCUUACAAGAAGUUUAAGUAAGAAAAACUAUAGAAAACAAGGAAAGAUGUAG